GACGAACAUGAUUUUGCAGAGAUGGGGAGUGGAGAAGGCCAAGGAACUGAUUGCCCGAGCAAUUGCCGAGAAUCUCAAUGUGAAGCAACUCGUAGGUACUGGUACUGCUUCUUGUCCCGGCGGCAGAACCACAUUCUCCAUAGCGGACCUAGGCUGCUCAGUGGGGCUUAACACCUUCAUCGCGGUUGAAAACAUAGUCGACUCCAUCAAGCUGAAGCUGAACCCCGCCAGCCUCAGCUUAGAAUGUAUUGAAUUCCAAGUCUUCUUCAAUGACCUCGUCUCCAACGACUUCAACCUCCUCUUCAAGUCCCUCCCUAGCGAGAGGGGCUACUUUGCAGCCGGUGUGCCUGGCGGCUUUCACGGGAGGCUGUUCCCAAGCAGGUCCCUCCACUUUGUGCACUCGUCUUACGCCCUCCACUGGCUCUCUGAGGUCCCGAAGGAGGUGGUGGACCCUGGAUCACCAUUCUAUAACAAGGGGAGGAUCGGCUAUGCUACGGCCCCAGUGGAGGUAUACGAAGCGUUUGUCGCGAAGUUCUCCGAGGAUAUGGAGAGGUUUCUGAAUGCCAGGGGAGAGGAGGUAGUUGGGGGAGGGUUGUUGGCCUUUAUCAUCCCCUGUCUUUCAGAUGGACUUCCUCCUUCUCAGUGCUCCCUCCCUGCCAUUGGAGACGUCUUGGGGUCAGCCCUCAUGGACAUGGUCCAUCAGGGCAUGAUCACCGAAGACAAGGUGGACUCAUUCAACCUCCCGAGGUACCACACAAGCCCGAAGGAGUUAACCGCGAUAAUUGAGAGGAGUGGCAAUUUCAGCAUCGAGAUGAUGGAGGUACUCGACCGCCCGCCGAUGCCUGAGGUCAUCGACAAGUCUAUCUGUUUCCGUAUGAUGGUCCGGCACUUCCGGGCUACAUUGGAGGGACUGAUCAGGGAGCAGUUUGGGGACGGUUUGGUCGAUCAGGUGUUUGAGCGGUUCAGCAAGAAACUUGAGGAGUCUUCCAUCUUCACGGACCCAAAGUACAAGCCCGGUGUCGAGAUGUUUGUGCUUCUCAAGCGCAAGAUCGCUUGAAUGUCAAAUAAACUGCAAUACAUGUCUAAAAACAUUAUUCAAGAUAUCGCAAGACGAAAAUUAAAGUUAUAGGUUCGUUGUUUCACGUAGAUUGUACGGUAUGAUCAUACUGGUUCAAUGGAGGAGCUGGCAAUCUAUUCGUGCCAGGGAAUCAGAACUCCUAUUAUGCACCAAUUGAUGAAGAUGGUCGAGCCAGUCCAAAAUAGACAGUUGAGGUUUGAUGCAGUACUAUCGAGUCGAAUGGUUUAGAUCCAAUGACUUUGAUGUGCAAAGUCGAUAUCUAACUAGCUCUCCAACACGGUAGGCCACUUUAUUAGCUCCUCUACCAUAUUGAUCGAUUCAUUCUCCAAGAGUUGGGCAACUGACUCGAC